UCCAGAUCCAUCGUCCAUGUCACUCAUCCACUCACUUCUCACUUCUCACUGCUCAGCGCAUAGAUAACCAACCACAUCCCCGUCCCCUCUCCAUCUCAACUUCACACGCACUCACUCCACACGCCCGGCAGAUCCUCACCCGACGCUCCGCGAUAACACAUCCGCGCUUAACUAGCCGCGCGCAUAUUCUUUCGUCCAAGCUCAUCAACAACAUGCGUUAAGAACAAGCCACACGAGCACCCCAUCCCCAUCCCCAUCCCCUCAUCCCAUCAUGGACGGAGCCCCAGUGUACGAGCACGGCUCUGAGAGCGACAAGCACCUGCCGCCGCCCGCGGCGGACGCGGACAUUGAGCUCAACCGCGGCCUCAAGGGGCGGCACAUCACCAUGAUCUCCAUCGGCGGCGUGCUGGGCACCGGCUUGUUCUUGUACACCGGGUCUGCGCUUGCCGAGGGUGGGCCACUAGGUAUCUUGCUCGCAUACAGCUUGAUGGGGACGAUGUGUUAUGCCGUGAUGAUCUCCCUCGGCGAGAUGGUCUCCGCCAUGCCCCUCCCGGGCGGCGCGAUCACGCUCGCGGCCAGAUACGUGGACUCAUCGCUCUCGUUCACCGUCGGCUAUUUCUACUGGUACACAUGGACCAUCUUCCUGCCGUCCGAGCUCGCCGCGCUCUCGGUCCUCAUCAACCUUUGGAACGACACGAUUUCCAACGCGGCGUGGAUCUCGCUCUUCCUCAUCGCCGCGGUCACCGUCAACAUGCUCGGCACCGCGUGGUUCGGCGAGCUCGAGUUCUGGCUUUCCUACCUCAAGAUCUUCCUCGUCGUCGGGCUCCUGAUCACCUCGAUCGUGAUCAGCGCCGGCGGCGGCCCGGACGGCCAGCCCAUCGGGUUCAAGUACUGGCGGGAUCCGGGCCCGUUCGUCCAAUACGCCGGGUUGGGGGGCACGCUUGGCCGCUUCCUCGGUUUCUGGGCGACGCUCACGCGCGCGGCCUUUGCGUAUAUCGGCAGCGAAAUCGUCGCGAUUGCAGCCGGCGAAACGCGCAACCCGCGCGUAAACGUGCCGCGCGCCAUCAAAAACGUGUACAUCCGCAUCCUGCUGUUCUACAUCGGCGGCGUCUUCGCGAUCGGCAUCACCGUGCCGUCGAACGACCCGCGGCUCGCCCUGAACGCCGGCAGCGCGCUCGCGAGCCCGUUCGUGAUCGCCAUCUCGACGGCGGGGAUCAAGGUCCUCCCGACGGUCGUGAACGCCGGCCUCAUCGCGAGCGGGUGGAGCGCGGCCAACUCGGAGCUGUUUACGUCGUCGCGCGCACUGCAUGGCCUCGCGUUGCGCGGGCACGCGCCCCGCUUCUUCGCGCGCACCGCGAACAACGGCGUGCCGUACGUCGCGAUCGUCACGUGCGCGCUGUUCGCGUCGCUCGCGUUCAUGUCCCUCGGCUCGUCGGCCGGCGUCGCGUUCGGAUACCUCGCCUCGUUGGGCGCAGCGGGCGGCCUGCUCAUGUGGUGGAGCACGUGCGUGACGUACAUCCGUUUCGAGCGGGGUCUGCGCGCGCAGGGCGUCGACCGCGCCGCGUUGCCGUACGCUAGCAAGCUCAACCACCGCGCAGCGGCGGCGUGGUAUGCCGCCGUGCUCAUUACCAUCGUCCUCUUUUUCUCGGGAUGGUCCGUGUUCCUCAAGGGAAACUGGAGUGCACCCGUGUUCUGCACGACCUACCUCCCCAUCAUUCUCUAUCCUGUGGUGUACUGCGCGCACAAGAUCUACUCCAAGAGCAAGCUUGUGCCCUACAACCAGAUGGUGUUUUAUGAGCAGACCGAGGACGGCGAAGAGGAGCAGGUCGGGGAGAAGUCCAAGUGGCGCCGGGUGGUCGCUGCCGUUGUGUGUCUAGACGGCUCGGGGGGUUGUGAAGGAUGUGGAGGUGUGGAUGGGCUGUAGGGUUAGGUAAUCCGUAUGGGUGUUUGGUUAGAUAGUAGUCGUCGCUCGCAGUCUUUGGGUAUGCGUUUGUUCUCUCAAUAAGGCAUGGCUCGGUCUUGUAUGCAAUCAAUGGCC